AUGAAUUACAACAACUCAGAGCACUUAAAUUAAUUACUUUCACUUUAGAUACAGGAUACUAAUGAAAUCUUUUACAUUAAUACAUAUUACUCUCCACAAUAACUAGGGGAAUUAUUUUGUUAUUAAUUUAACUUAGAUUUAACAAAUGCUAAAUUAAUCACCUAAAAAUUAUUGAAAAUUAUUGAAUCAGCUUCACAUCUAUCUCAAUAUUAAUAUCUAAAUGAAUAUUAUAAAAGACAUAAUGAUACAAAAUGUUAAUCAAAUAUUUAAUUUAAAUAAUCCUAUAAAUUAGAUGAGUUCUUGUUUGAUAAACCAUAAUUAUUUGAUAGAAAUCAACUAUUUUAAAGAAAAAUUCAAUAAAACAUUGAAAAUAUACGUUAGUAAUAGGAUUAGGCAUUAAGUAUUCAAUGCACUUUUAAUCCAAAAUUAAACUAUCCAAAUCAAUCUCAAGAUUUCAAUAGAUAUUAACAUCUAUAUUAAAAGGGAUUACUUAAAUAAUUGGAAAGGAAUAAAAACAAGCAUAUUCAUAUUGACAAAUUAGAUUAAGUAGAUGAUAAUUGUACAUUUCAACCUGCAAUUAAUUAAAAUUAUAAAUGUCAAAAAUAAAAGAAUGAAAAUUUGCCAAGUUAAUUAAAUAUAAUGAUUAAAACUCACUUACUAAAAUAAAACUUAUAUUAUUAUCAACUUUUUUAACUGUUAGAUAGCAAUAAUGAUGGGUUAAUAUCUAAAAAUGAAAUAGACAUUAGUUAAUUAAAUUAACAAGAAAUUAAGUAAGAAUUUAAUUAUUAAAUAGCCAUCUUAUGCCAUUAUUAAUGAAAAUUGAAGAAGAAGACCUAGAAUUAGAUUAUAAUUAGUUUAUAAAAAUAUAAUUAAAUUGA